AUGAAUGAAGAAGCAAUAACUGGAUCUCUCAUUUUGGGGAUCAUUGAUUUUAGAGUGGAAGUGUCCGCCUGUGUUCUGAUACGUCAAGGCGAAAAUCGUUCAAUGCAAAUUAGCACUUUUAAUAAAGCACAAGGAGAAGGCAAAGAAAAAUGUGCAAAAAGAAUGGAGGAAAUACAAAAUUUGCUUAAGAAUAAUAUAAUCAGAGGUGAAGUAAAUCUAAUUGUAUGUGAUAAUAGAAUUUAA